CCGAACUGCCGCAGUGAACAUUGACGGCACUGGUACACCAUUCAAAAAUGCUGACGAAACUUUUCUACCUGGGUCUGGUGGCCUACGCGUCCGCAGCUGUAAAGUUGCAGGAAGUGUUUUCAUGGAAUGCAAUGGAUUGGAACUACCCGAAUGAAUUUCUGAGACAAGAAGCUAUCAUAUCGGGCAAUUUGAUUAGAGAAAACGCCCUUCCAGUUGGCAUUGAACGUUGGAGGAAUAAGCUAUUCGUCAGUGUACCGCGUUGGCGACCUGGUAUUCCUGCCACUUUGAAUUACAUACCUCUGGACGCGCCCCAUGAAUCUUCCCCUAAACUAACACCAUACCCAAGUUUCGAAGAGAACGAAGUAGGCAAUUGUGACACCGGACUCACCACAGUGUACCGAGUUAAGGCCGACAGAUGCGACAGACUCUGGGUAUUAGACGUCGGAACUUAUGGAUAUGAUCCUAAUGUGACCAACGUGUGUCCUUACACACUGAAUGUCUACGAUCUCCAUACGAAUACCCGCAUUCGGAAAUACGUUUUCCGUCCAGAGGACAUCGUCGCUUCCACUUUCAUUGCUAACAUCGCCCUCGACGAAGGAGCAACUUGUGAAGACACCUUCGCAUAUUUCUCCGACGAGUUAGGAUAUGGUCUCAUUGUUUAUUCCUGGGAACAAAACAAAUCUUGGAGAUUCAGUCACAGCUACUUUAUGCCUGACCCAUUGGUUGGUGAUUUCAACAUCGCAGGUCUUAACUUCCAAUGGGGCGCUGAGGGUAUCUUCGGAAUAACCACAUCACCUCCUGGGGCAGACGGUUUUAGAACCCUAUACUUCAGCCCGUUGUCAAGUCAUACAGAAUUUGCUGUCUCUACUCGUAUUCUUAGAGAUGAAUCUAUGGUAAAAGGAGCCUCUUUCCAUGAUUUCAAAGUGGUAGGAAACAGAGGACCAAAUGGACAUACCACUUCCAAGGUAAUGGACGAUUCGGGUGUACAAUUAUAUAACUUGAUCGAUCAAAACGCUAUCGGUUGCUGGAGCUCAUCGUUACCAUUGAAACCAGAAAAUACUGCCAUUGCAGACAAAGAUGAUGUUGGCCUUGUCUUCCCCUGCGAUGUUAAAAUAGACGACGAUAAAAACGUUUGGGUGCUUUCGGACCGUAUGCCGGUCUUUUUGGAAUCUGAAUUAGACUACAGUGAUAUUAAUUUCAAAAUCUUUACCUCCCCUCUUUACAACAUGAUCGAAGGUACUGUGUGUGAACCACCUUCGUACACCCUUCCUACACCUGCACCCACACAAGCACUAACUCCAUCCAUUCCACCAACUCAGUUAUAUGGCCUUUCAGUGAAUAUUCCCUCGCAGCGACCAUACUACCCUUCGGUUUCCUUAAGUGGCCAACGUUUAAGAUCCUUUAGCCGAACAAUACCCGAUUCAUUUGAUGAAAGACGUUUUGCUGAUUUACCUCGUGGUACGUAUCCUCUCGCUGUUUCUACCAGGGCAGGCACAAAUGAUCCAUUUACCUUUGACAAAUCGCCGUGGUGGAUCAGAUCCACUGUUGGAGGACGCGUUAACGGUCGGCAAUAUUGAGAUAAAUAACUUUAAAUAGCAUAAUUGUAUGGUAGUUUAUUGAAAAAUAUAAUUUACACAUACAUUUUACCUUUUACAUAUAGUACAUAAUGCUAUGAAAAAAGUACUAAAAGUACUUUAUUAGGAAUUGUAUACUAUUAUGAUGUAGUGUUGAAUUUUUUUUAUUGAAAAAUUUGCUUUUUUCAUUAAUUUUCCUGUGGUCGAUACUUUGCUUGUAUGUAUGAGGAUGUGUAAACCGUUGUGUGUGUAUUAGUAUGAUUAUGUGUGUGUGUCAGCGUGUACGAUGUGGAAAACCCAAAAUGUGAAUAUGUUUAUUAGCAAAUGUGAUUGUGUGAGUGGUUUCUUCAACAAAUAGAAAUGUAAUUUAGUGUGUUGUUUAAAAGCGAGAAUACAAUUAUGUUGUAUAAAUAAUUAUAAUGGUUGAUAAUUCUUUUUUUUAAGAAUGAAUAUGUUUCAUUGGUAAUAAGGAAUUAAAAAUAUAUAUGUCACCGGCAAAUAGUGUACCCGUUCUGUUUAUAAUUUACAGCUGCAAGUCGUAAAGCCUCAGUCGUCUCAGUAAAUAUAUAUCGAACGAAUUCAUUCACAAAGAGCCGUGGUAUUACAAUUUGUUAAGAUCAUAUUUGGUAGUUGCACUGUUUUCAAUGUUAUCUGCCAAGUCGUGAUUCGUUUUUGACUGCACUGAACAUUCCGUGCAAUAAAUAUAAAUGCUACUGAACUCUUUACAAUGUAUCUAAAUAUAAUCGUAAUAUAACUCGUUACAUUGUGAACGGAUUCUUUUCAUUUUCAACGUGCCGAGUCUUUACUAUUUGGUAGAGCAAAUUAAAAACGGAAGGAGUAUUUUUUUAUAUCAUAAGGUGGCAAACGAGCGAGCCGCCACCUGAAAUCGCUGAAAUAGCGAAGUGACCGUUGCCCAUAGACAUACGCAACUGCAUAUGCGUUGCCUACCUUUAAUCGACGGAGGAGAGGAUGCACAGAGAGAAAAUAUUUACAAUAAAAUUUAAAAAAUAUAUAGACUAUACAGUUUGCUGGUGAUAUAAAAAUUGUAGUUUGUAAAUGCUUUAAUAUGCCUCUCUAUCACGCCUUCUCGUAACUUAAACAACAUCCAUCUACUUAUAAGCACUAAUUAUUUGUUAAUUUUGUUUUUUUUCUUUUCCAAUAAAAUUGUUCAAA